AUGACCGACUACAGCAAGAAGACCAACGCCGAGCUGGUCGAGAUCCUCAAGGCUCGAUCCCUCCCUCACACAGGCAAGAAGGCCGACAUGGUCUCCCGCCUCCAAGAAAACGACCAGAACAAGCCCACCGAUGCUGCUGCGCCUGCGCCUGCCCCCAAGACCGACGCCGCCGAGGACGUCAUCGAUUGGGACGACGAGCCUUCAGAGACACCCGCGCAGGCCUCCACAGAAACCGGAGCUGCUGCCAUCGCCGCUGGUGGCCAAGGCCCCGUCUCCAACCCCGUCGCAGUCCCCAACCAGAAGCUCGACGAGAACCCUGCCACAACCGACGACCUGAAGGUCGAGUCAACCGGCGCAGUCCCCGCCCAAGCCGCCACCGAAGCAGCCCCCGAGACCAAGCCCCCCGUCGACUACACGCGCGGACUCCCGCAAACCGACCUUGAAGCAGAGCUGGCCAAGCGCAAGGCGCGCGCCGAGAAGUUUGGCAUCGUCGAGUCUGAGGAGACAGCGUUGAAAGAGGCUACGAAGCAAUUGGAGCGGGCUCAGCGGUUUGGUACUGGCGUUGAGGAAACUGGUGUCAGUCGUCUUGAUCAGGCUCUUCCCGAUGAGCGUCCUCGCAAGCGUGGAAAUGAUUCUCGGGAUGCCCGUGGUGGUAAGCGACGCGACACGGGUCGCAACCGGAACCGUCGUGGGGAUGGAAACCGGAACCGCAAUGAGGGCAACAAGACCAAUGCUGGUGUUAAGAAGCCUGCUGUGGGUGGGAGUGCGGGCGCAUCGAAGAACUGGAGCGAGAAGGAUCAUGCGGCCAUGGAGGCUCGCAAGAAGCGGUUUGCUGCUGCGGCCUAA